GAGAGAGGGAGAGGGUGGGAUGCAGACAGCAUGCGAGAGCUAGCAAAAGAGAAGGGUUGGCUCACUCACCAUGCAGUCAGGCAGCGCGAGCAUCGGAACCGUUUGACAGCAUUUUAUGACAAAACCCGUUCUGAACUGCUAUCUAUCGGCACCUCAACGUUCUAUUGCGACCAAUGGUGGAUUGAUGGGAGAAACUCGCUGCAUAUUUGAGGGAGGCAUGUGCACAUUUCAAGACACAUCCAAAUCUAUUUCAGGAUCAGGACGAAUCCAGUGACCACAACGCCUUUGAGAGAGGAAAUGUCAAAGCAGCAAUAGAGUAUGCUGCUUCGCAAAUACGGAAUAAUACACUGUUCAGGGUGGACGAGAUGAUGUUGUCCUCGUGACUGAGAUUUUGACGACUUUCCACGUUGCAGUGCACGCAUAGAUGUUUUUCUACAGUAAAUAGUCGCUCCUAUUUAAGACUAUGGUUCGUGUCUGACGUUAUUUAUUUCUAGUGGACACAACAGAAUACGUUCUAUGUAUCUUCAAAAGCAGCGCUUCUGUAAAGGUACAGGCGUGCGGCGUUGCAUAUGAUCUAAAGAGAAAGCAUUGUUUUGUCCAGCGUCCUUACCAACCUUGAACUUCCUCAAUACAGCAUCUGCAUACCACAGUCUGGGAGACUCGAAGCUUGGAUGUCAACAGUAGUCCCCCCACAUCAGCCCUAGAGAAGCGUUCCGCCGGCAUCUCAGUGGUGCUGAAAGGACAGCUCCUUGUUUCAGGACUCCCAAAGUUGACUUCCACCGAAAGCAUCUGCUUUUCACUGCAAUACAGCCGACAGCCGAAGUAGCUAAAGUACUCCAAAUGCAUUAUUAUUUGGCUUAACGGCUUCUGCCCAACUGUUCUAUUAGGGUUCAUGGCUGUGGCACGCAAAAUAAAAACUUUGCUCACGGUUAACAUUUUUGUUUUUGUGGGGAUCAUAUUGUUCUCGGUAUAUUGUAGAAUACAGGACCGUUCUGAGGAACUCAUUCAGAUCGGCAGGAUAUCAGACCAGAGACUGAGAGCCAGGAAUGGCAAAGUUUCCAACUUGGUGGACAGGCAGUCCAUACUUCAGAGACUGGAGCGGCUGGAGGACGUUGUCUACAACCAAUUAAAUGGUCUGGCUAAGCCCAUGGGGCUGGUGGAGGGGCCUGGAGGUCUGGGCCAGGGAGGAGCAGCUGCUACUCUGGGGGACGACAGCCAUGUUGACGGGGAGGGGAAGUACGAGGACUAUGGCUACAACGCCCAGCUCAGUGACCGCAUCUCCCUGGACCGCAGCAUCCCCGACUACAGACCCAAAAAGUGCAAGCAGUUGACCUAUCCAGAGGACCUCCCUCAGAUCUCAGUGGUGUUCAUCUUUGUGAAUGAGGCCUUGUCGGUCAUCUUGCGGUCCGUCCACAGCGUGGUCAACCACACCCCUGCACACCUUCUCAAGGAGAUCAUCCUGGUGGACGACAACAGUGACAGUGUGGAGCUGAAGUUCAAUCUGGACCAGUAUGUGAACAAGCGUUACCCAGGUCUGGUGAAGAUCGUCCGCAACAGUAAGAGGGAAGGCCUGAUCCGAGCCAGGAUACACGGUUGGAAUGCUGCAACCGCCCCGGUUGUAGGUUUCUUUGAUGCCCAUGUAGAGUUCAACACUGCCUGGGCGGAGCCUAUUCUGACCAGGGUGAAGGAGGACCACACCCGGAUCAUCCUCCCGGCCAUCGACAACAUCAAGUUCAACACAUUCGAGGUGCAGCAAUACGCUAACGCGGCCCAUGGCUACAACUGGGGCCUGUGGUGCAUGUACAUCAUCCCCCCUCAGGAGUGGCUGGACAAGGGCGAUGAGACAGCUCCCAUCAGGACGCCAGCUAUGAUCGGCUGCUCCUUUGUGGUGGACAGAAAAUACUUUGGUGAGAUCGGCCUCCUUGAUCCUGGCAUGGAAGUCUAUGGAGGCGAGAACAUUGAGCUUGGCAUGCGGGUGUGGCAGUGUGGGGGGAGCAUGGAGGUGCUGCCCUGCGCCAGAGUGGCGCACAUCGAGCGGACCAAGAAGCCAUACAACAACGACAUUGACUACUAUGCCAAGAGGAAUGCCCUGCGGGCCGCCGAGGUCUGGAUGGAUGAGUACAGGUCCCACGUCUACAUGGCCUGGAACAUCCCCAUGAAUAACCCUGGGGUUGACUAUGGGGACGUGUCUGAGCGGGUGGCCUUGAGGAAGAGGCUGCAGUGUCGGAGCUUCCGCUGGUACCUGGAGAAUGUCUACCCAGAGAUGCGCAUCUACAACAACACCAUCACAUAUGGGGAGGUCAGAAACAGUAAGGCCAGUGGCUACUGUCUGGACCAGGGAUCAGAGGACGAUGACAAAGCCAUCCUCUAUCCCUGCCACGGGAUGUCCUCACAGCUUGCCCGUUACUCAACAGAGGGGCUUCUACAACUAGGACCCCUAGGGUCGACCACCUUUCUGCCUGACACCAAAUGUCUCAUCGACGACGGAAGAGGGCGCACGCCCAGCUUGAAAAAAUGUGAAUCUGUUUCACGGGUUUCCCAGAGGCUGUGGGAUUUUACACAGAAUGGUCCAAUCAUCAGCAGGGACACUGGACGGUGCAUGGAGGUGGAGAUGUCCAAAGAUGCCAACUUCGGCCUUCGACUGGUGGUGCAGAGGUGUUCUGGUCAAAAGUGGAUGAUACGGAACUGGAUAAAGCAUCCGAAGCAUUGAGGCAAGACAUUACCUCUGAGAAAAGAAUACCAUUUCAAUCUUGGAGGGCAAACCCAUGGACAGACAGUCUGAGAGCAUUCCACAUGAGAUAGCUAUAGGCCCUGGGACUGAUGAGAUGAGUAGUUCACAGUGUGUGGACUCUUCUAUGGACUGUGUGCACUGUGCCCUCCCCUUAGGGCAUAGAGCUUUCAACUGCUGAAUCUUUAGAAGAAUAUAUGUUUUUAGCUGAGCUGGGGGUCAAACAUGGAGAGCAUACCAUAGGCCUACAGCGAGCUAGACAGUACUGUUUGAAAUGCUUUUUUACAGAACAUCCACCUAUGUACAAAAUUAAUAAUAAGACAAUGGAAUGCAACUCCUAAGGGGGUUCAACACUGACAAUGACAAGCAAUGUGUAUUUGAUAUAAAGCCAAUCCCAGGAAUCUUUGCAGAUCAAAAUAUGAAAUUGCUUAUCAGUCACCAUAUCAACUUGUAAUUACUUCAGGCUAUCAUUUGGAGAAUUUCUUUGGACAUUUCGCUAACCUGUUAAGAGAUUUAAUAUGCUUCAAAAAGCUGUUCAUCCUCCCGAUGAACUGAUCAGGAUGCAAAGCAACUACUGUUCUCACAAAUACAAAAGGAUAUUCUUUUCUCUUUUUCUUUUUGACUGCAUUGCUCGCCACUGAUUAUCAGAGCAAUAACGUGCCUUUUUCCAUCCUUAUGAGUCAUCUGACCAGGGAAUGUCAAUUACACAAGCAUGUACAAAUUAGUUUAAAGCAAUUAAUAUAUAAACCAACGUAAAUAUGGCUAAAUAAUAGUAAUAUAUUGUAAAAUUGAAAUUGAUAUUAGUCCUCUAAGAACAGUUAGGAUAAUAAAAAUGUUUUUAUGAUGA